AAAUCUAAUUAUUACCUUUUAUUGUUAGGCAGGGCAAUAUCCACUACAUUUAGCAGCAAGGAAUGGUCAUACGGAACUUGUCCGCUGUCUGUGUUUGGCAGGUUGCGAUGUGGAACUCAAGAAUAAGGAUGGUAUUACAGCGGAAAUUACUGCUUUGGCUCAAGGCUAUAACAAGAUGGCUGAUCUUUUAAAUAAUUUGAGGAAUGUACAUCUGAAAGAGGAGUACAUAUCUCAACUUAUUCCGUCUACUCGUCCGAUUCCGAAGAUUAAAAUCAAACUCUUCGGACAUAGUGGAGUUGGAAAAAGCACAUUUGUUGAGAGCAUCAAGUGUGGAUACUUCACAUCGUGGUUCAGGCGCUCGGUAGGAUCUAUGUCACCCAAAGCCACCAGAAGUAAAAAACUUUCAGGUGACUAUGCUAAAUCUAGUAUAGAACUCAACAGCUCUGGUCCGAAAGAAUCGGAGUUAAAUUUUGAUACCAACUUUGAAACAUACACUAAAGGAAUAGAUGUUCAGCAAGUAAGCAUUUCAGGUAUCGGAGAAAUUAGCAUUUGGGAGUUUUCAGGUCACGAGCCUUACUACAUGAUGUACGACAACUUCAUAGGCAACACGAACUGCAUUCAUCUCGUGUUCUUCCGACUUAAUGACUCAUAUGAAGUCCAACUUCAACAAGUCCACUUCUGGUUAGCAUUUCUGCUCUCGAGGAUACCACCGCAGGAACCUCUGGGUUAUUGUGGAAAAAGCGGGAAACCUGCUCGAGUAGCUUUGGUAGCAACCCAUGCUGAUACUGCCUCUUGCCAUCGUGUGGCAGCUACUGGCGAAUAUGUAAGUUGCGAAGCGACAUCCAUUUUGCAAACAACUCGACAGAAGUUCGGACAGAUGGUGGAUCUACACGAGACAGUUUUUGUUUUAGAUGCGCAUGUAGUUGGUUCACCUGCAAUGAAAGCCCUCAAGAGCUACGUGGCCUUCAACAAGGAAAAAGUCACCCAGGGUCUUCCGAAAAGUACUGGGUUUCUAGAAGCGGUGUGCCUCCAGCUGACAUCAUGGAGAAAAUCUCACACCUCAUUUCCUGCUAUGUGCUGGAACGAAUUUAUUGAACUGGUGCAUUCUGAUGUGAAUUCUCUGGCUGGCGAAGAGCACAUGAAAGAGUUGAUACAACAACUACAGAUUAUGGGUGAG